GUGUCUGUCUGUCUUUGUGUGAGCUCUAAGCUCUUGCUUGUUGCCCGGAGGAUUGAGUGUGACGCCUUUCCUGCAGUACGGUGUCACAGUGUGAAGGUUCCCCAUUACCCAAAGCAGGAGCGGGAAAUCCUGGACGAUGAGGCUGGACGGCGGUGAUUCCCUUGGCUGGGCACUGGCCGCCGUCCUCUGCCUGCCUCUGCUGCUGCCGCCGCCGGGGGAGUGCCUGCAUUCCGGCAACACCACGGCGCUGAACAGCAGCGGUUCCAGGCCCGGGUCUACGCCGGCCUGGGGCAAAUCUAACGACGGGUCGGCGAUCGGACGCGCCGUUGCCGUGGUUCUCGGCUUCAGCGUCCUCGGGCUCAUCUACCUGUUGGUGCGGGGCCUGCGGUUAAAGAAAAGUCAAAGGAAGAAGUAUGGGCUGCUAUCCUCCUUUGAUGAUCAUGUGGAGAUGGCUCCAAUGGACACAGAUGAUGAUGACACAACACUAUUUGAAGCAAAGAGCAUAAGGAGGAGCGUUAACUACACUGCCUCACAAACUUGCUGACUUUUCAACCACUCCAAAUUCUUCAAGGCACGCUUCACUUCUCUGCUAUAAUAAGGACCCGAGGGACAUACAGCGAGUGCAACAUUACCUGUUGUGCAAUUUUAAGAAGCUGCCUGUCGCCCACUGAUUACCAACCAAUGACUAAAAAUAUUCCUAUGGUUUUAUGUGGCACUCGACAGGUAACAAUUCCAGGACAAGCAGGCCCUUCAGUAAAGGAACAGUGAAUUUCUUCAUGGGGUGGGGGGAGAUGUUUUACACUGACUUUGAAAUUUCUGUAUCAUUCUGUGUCAUUCAAAAGACAAGCUGAAGAUUUGUCUGAAUUGUUUUUCUUUAAAAUUCUACUUUACAGCAAGUGGAAAUUGCAAACAUUAAAACAUGUAUAAUUUUCUGUAAUGAGAUAUCUAAAUUGAUGUUACACUGAGUGGAAUGUUUGCUUUUACGUCAUUCACUGUGGAUAAAUGUAUGUAUGUACAUACAACAAUGUUAUCAAUAUUUUGUGUUUGGCAGGGAGCACUUGCUUUUUUGGAAGAAACAACUAAACCUUUGCCGAAAGUGGCACCUCAAAUCUCAUCUCAUUUUAAAUGCUUUUUCCAUGGCCUUCCUAGCAACAGAGCUGUAUUACAUUUAAAACAGUGCUGUGUUACACUUUGUCCUUAUUAAGUUAUGGAUGGCUAUACAGAAAGUCUGCUAACCACCUAAGUACAAACGUAUAUGUAUAUGUACGUCUAUGUAUAAUGUUGUCAUGUAGGAGUGCCUGCUUAAACAAAGGGAGCAAUUAAUUGGGUGUCAUCAGUUGUUUAACAUAGAAUGCUUCUUUUGCACUUGUGAUUCUAGUGCACUGAAAAGUUCUCUUGGGGAGGAGGAAUGGGGAAAAACAGGUUUUAAAAAUGAAUCUCCUUUUCAGUGACACCAGUAUGUACAAACUAGUUGCCACAGUUGCAGCUCAAGUUUCACCUGUAAACAGACAUUUUCAUGGCACAUUUGGGGAACUGACUUCACUUGCAAGGAAGAAACUUGCCAGCUUGCUGUUGAAUUAAUUAUUUUCAGUGCAGCCACGGUGUACUAUCUUACUUUGAUUGAAACCCUGUUUCCUGUGUGCAAUUCAAGGAUUAUUUCAUUGUUAGCUUAAAUACGUUCAGUCCUGGCCAAUGUAGCAUAACUCACAAAGUAUAUAUUUGUUGGAACUGUGAAGCGUUUUACAUGCCUCCCCAACAACAUGAAGAAGCUACAAUUGAAUGCCAUAGAUUUUCUUUAAUUUACGGGUUCAUUGCAAGAUAUUUUAAACCUUUUUAAAAUAAUUUUGGUGCUGUUUGUAAUUUAACUGAUAGGGUUCAUAGAUGUAGUUAGAGUUGCCGAGAGAGUCCUCCGGAACACAUUCCUGUACCCAGGUGUUUAAUUAAGUCUGUACCAGAAGAGGGGUGAAGCAAUUGGGAUUUAUACAAUGUGAUGUGCCAAAAUGAAAGGGGUAUUUAAAUUCUGGUUGAAGAAGGGUGGGGAGCUACAGUGAAGUUUUGGCAGGACAGCCCUUGGGUCGAAGAGUUUGGAGAUGGGAUGGUGAAAUUGGGUGAGGGGGAAGCAUUACAGAAUAAUUUGAGCACAAACUCUGUUCACUGUUUCCUAUGCACAGACUGGCACAGUGUUUCCCUUCCACUAUUAAUUUUCCUUAUGUUACAAGGAACUCGUGACUUUGGCACUAAUUGAAGAUAAUAUUUUAAUUACAUAAAAUGUCCGCUGAGUACAGAAACAAAAUGCAGAUUUCACAGCAUUUUAUGCAGUGACUGAAAUAAGCUUAUAAUUUAUCUUAAAUUCUGAUUCAAGGUUUCAAUUGUUUUAUUAACAGGGAACAUGAGGGAAAGAAUGAAACUGUCUUUUCCUGUUUAAAAGAGAAUACAAAGUGGGUUAUUGACGGUAAUUCCUGCUCUGUUUAAUAGAAAGCUGAUUGUUCUGAAUGGAUUGCUGAUUCAUUGUUUCACUUCCACAUUGCAGUCAAAGGCAACAGAAGUGCUGAAAGAGAAAAAAAAUGGGUUAGAGAUUUAGGGGAAAGUAGAAGUAGUGAUAUUGUAUCUUUGGAAGAAAUAAAAGCAAAAGACCAAAGCUCCAUAACUAUUGUUUGUUACAAUGCUGUAUUUAUUUAGUUAUGUGAUCUUCAGAAUGAAACACAUUUGAAAGGAAAAAUGGAACUCUUCAAUCUUUCCUUGGCAUUAAGCACAUCAAUGUUGGAUAGAGAGAAAUAAAGUACUCUCUAAUUUGUACCCAACAAUAAGAUCAGCUGCUAUCUGAAUCUACCCACUGUGGAUAAUACCCUUUUAUUGUACCAGGCUGACAAGUUUUUUUUUCCUGUCUCUCAUUAGGAAUUGCGGCCUGUUUGAUUCAGAUCACCACCCAAUGCCAAGUUAGGUUACUUUCCACAGUGAAAUUCUUGUGUUCAUAAGGACUUGGGUUGAGGCAACUUGAGCUCAAUUCAUACGCAGUCAUGUAACAGGCUUUUCAUACUACAUCUGUAUGAAUAUGUUUUUAGUCCAGGGCACCCUUGGGGAAAAAAAACAAGGUGAACAUUUUAAACGUCUGUUUGCCUUAUUUUUUCACAACUGUUAUAGCAAUGGCAGUGAUCUGUUUUACAUUAUUAAUAGAUAAUACUGGAUCAGGCAAUGUGUUGGAGGUAAGGCAUGCUGUAUAACUGGGCUUACAGUACUUAUUUAACCAAGCCUUUCCUCAAAAAUUAUUUAAAGCUUAAAGAAAAUAAACUGCAACUACUUUUCUGAAUAAAAGGAGGGUAAUUAUCCCAGACAAAGGCAGUAAGUGGAAAACAGUCAUGCUGAAAAUGAAUCUUUGUGAUUAAUAAUAAUGUGGUCAACAGGACUGAUAGAAUUGCCCAGUUGUGUCCACUUCGCCUGGCCAUUUUGUCAUUAGUAUAUACAGUCUUCCAUGUAAAUGGCACUGACCCCUCUUAAAAUUGGGGCCGAGUUAAACCUAUGCAUGUGUUCAGUAGCCUAGAGGAGUGGAUUUACAUUGCUGCUUUCCUCUCCACCCACCGGACAAGCAGACAUGAUCAUCUGUCGUACAACACAUUUGUCACUCAGUGCCCUUAUUAAUAGAGCUCCAGGGAUAGACAAAUUGACAUCAAAUGGAUGGGCUGGCCUGCUUUAAUUCCUUUUGGCCUCCUCUUUUCCAGCAACCCACAUUCAGUUUUCCUUGGAUAGCGCUGUUGAAUCUCUUAUAGGUCAGGGACCUGGCAGAAAAUCUGACACUAUGUGUGAGCAGUGUCAGAUUAUCUUUAGUCCAUGGUUUUAUGAAUUGGCUAAACUAUUAAUGGACUGAAGAGCUUUGUUACUGUAUCCUGAAGCUUGUCAACAACUUUGCUUAUUGGAAAACAAUAUUUAAGCAUAAUUAAUUAGGCCAUGAGCUAAUCCUGGUUGACCUAUCACUCGGACUAGUCCUAUGGGCCUUAAUGGCUCUGAUCUGAACAAAUAUUGGAGAAAACUUGCCCAGGCUCUCUUCUGGGAAUGAAACAGUGCUGAAAAGUGUGCUAAUAGGAACAGAUGAAUGUGGUAAUCAGGGCAAAUUUAUACCCUGCUUGCAAUCAACAUUCAGGUUUUUCUAACAAGCAUGGACACUAACUCGGAGAAGUGAAGGAAGUAGCAUCACUCCAGGAAUUGUUGCUUGGUGUGAAGCAUCACAAGGCAAUGAGCUGGCAUUGAGAAAAUGGGCCGGAUGGCCUCUUUCCAUGUAAUACUGUACACUUUUGGAUUUUUAAUGUUGCAAUGCAACAAGGACAAAGGGAUUCUUCCACCUUGAACAAAUGCACUGCAGCAGAGAGGCAGCUCACGGAGGCAAGCUGCAAGGAGAGGAGCAAACUGGACAAAUGUGCGUCAGAUUAUUCUUUGAAUGUGCUUGUUUAUGAAAAUGCAACAUUUGGUCCCAGAUGGUUUGCUCCAUUCUUGUUUUGAAAUCAGCUGAGCACUACAAAAUUGGCAAAUGUGAGUUACAGCAAGUAUCAUUGAGACAUUAAGGAUGCUGCUGAGUGUUCGCCUAGUGUGAGAGGAGAACAUUAGUCAGCCUUAAUAAAUUUAUGGAUUAUGUUAUGUCCUUGUACUAAUCGAGAGGGCAAAAAAACUUAAAAGUAAAAUUUGUGCUUAACAGAAGAGUAAAUCACUUUGUGUAAUGGAUCACUUCAUGGUACAUUAGCCAUUUUCUUCCCCAGAGAACAAAGCAAGUUUAAUUUUGGACCCAUAGAAAAUAUGUUUGUCUGUUUUCUUGCCUGACAAAUGGUGAUAUUCAGAAAAUACGGUGAAUUUGUUGGUGUGUAAAUGAGCAAUUGAUUUUAUUUUAAUGAGUAUAAAAAUGCUUUUGCUCAAAAGGAAAACUUUCAUCCCUGAACUUGCUGACCUGCGGUAAAACUAUUUGGAGAGAUGUGCUUUGUCACAUUUCACAUGACACUAGGUUUGGGAAAGGGGGCUUCUGCUUGUUCCUCCGUACCAAUGACACUUCUUGAGUAAGGGUCAUUGGUAGUCAGUAACAAGCAGAAGCCCCUGCAUUCUUGAGUAAUGCAGUGGGAAAUGAGUUGAAUCAGGAACUGAGAUUUCCCACCCCCUUCUAGCUUCCUAGGUAAAGAAUGGCCACAUGGGAUGAUUACUGGAGCAAUGCAUCCAGACUAAUAAUGUAGCCCAUGUAGCGAGAAGGGGGAAGAAAAUUUAAUGUGUGAUUGAACAUCUGAGGAGUUACUGAGGGAGUUGGUCCGUGCAGCAGGUCUGUGUACUUUGCCCUCUUUUCAUUGCCGUAUAGCUAUUAUUAUCUCAGAUUGUGGAGCAAUUAAUUCCAAACUAAUACCAGAAGUCACUUAUUAACACAUUGUGGACUUGUAAGUGAAAUUAUCUUUUAUCAGCUAAAUGCUUCAUGUGAUCUCCUUUUGGUUUAUUUUGCUUUUGUUACGUGGCAGUGUACUUUGCAUUGAAGGGCUGUCACUAUGAAUUUGGUUAGACGGUUGAGGUAAAACAACACCUUUUUUUUGCUGUUUUAUGGGCUUGACCUUGCCCUUUUACAGCAGUAUCUGGUUAAAACACCUAGAUCAAAGUAAGCAGAUCAUAGUAUCUGUGGAGAAAUUUGUUGGAGUUUUAUUUAAUUGUCUGUGAACAAACUGUAUUUGGAUGGAUGUGGACCAUAAGCCAUUCUAAAGUCCUGGGAAGCAGCAAACAACAGAACAUAAUUUAUCUUCAUCUCCAGAUGGGAGGGUGUGCAAGUGACUGGAAGUGCUUAUGAGAUGGAUUAAUUAAUUAAUCCAACCAAAUUAUUUUGCAUAACACCCAGUUCUAAACUGAGGUUUAUGCUUUGAACAUCUGCUGAAUUCCCUUUGUUUAACUAAUGUUCAUAACCUGCUGAGUGUUCCCUGACCUUUUAUUAUUCUUAACUUCCAGCUUUUCUGUUUAGUUCAGUUUUCUCUGCUUAGCAUUCGUAAGGGAUUGCUAAGCAGAACAAAGUUCUUUUUAUUCCAAAUGUUGUACUGUAAAUGUUUCCUCUGCAGUGCUUCUGGGGUUUGUAUUUAAAUUGCCUUUUCCAUUUCGGAGCACCAUACAUGUUAUAUUUUAACAAGAGCAGGUUUAGGGUUUGCGCCUGCCCAGACUUUAUUCACUGUUCAUUCCUAAUGUGUAUGUUAGCAAUAUCUACAUACUUUGUUUUCAUUGGUUCUUGUUAGGCUGCCUUACUUUUCGAAAUUGUGAAGUGGAUCUCCCCCCACCCAGCCUCACUUGAGAUAAAAUUGAGCCAGGAGCCAAGGAUGCCGGUGGGUAGUGAGAGAUCCAGAUUGGAGCCAGAGGUUUCUCCCCAUCACACUUUAUGGUUCUGUCUCCUUGAGGCCAUUCACACCCACACCCACCUCUCCCAACAAAUAAAAAUUAGAAUGGAUGGAGAAAAAUCGCUGGCUCAUUUAAUUAUCAAAAGUGUCUUCGUUUGAUGGGAACAUGUUUUACUGAGGAGUGAAAGGCAGACACAGGUACUUCAGUUACUGUACACAUAUUUGUUACUAAUAUAACUUGUAUCUCAACCCUUGUUAUAGGUUGAUUUUUGUUUGGCUUUUUUUAGUGUUUGAGAUUGUAAAGAGACCAUAUUAUAAACCGCACAAAAAACCAAAUGUAAAGUGUAUAUAUGUACUUGGGUAUUUUCAGUUGUUCAACUAUGACCAAUAAAUUUUUUUUUAAAUCAA